AUGGAGAUUGGUAGUGGAUCCAACAAAAUGAAGGUCCAAAACAAGAAUAGAAAAUCGAAAUUGGAGUUUCUUGGAUGGGGUUCGAAGCGAUUGAUAGAGUUUCUCGAUUCAAUUGGCAAAGAAUCCAGGCAAUAUUCUCAAGGAGAGGUUGACGCCAUAUUGAAGAAGUAUGUGAGUUCUAACAACGUCAUAGAUCCAACAAACAAGAGAAGAAUCCUGUGUGAUGAAAAGCUUGAGAAGCUGUUUAAGAAGAAAACAGUUUUAAGGAAGAAUGUUUAUUAUUUGCUGGAAGUGCACUUGAAAGAGAACCACGUUGAUGAUGAUGAUGUUGAUAAUGCACCAGAAAAAAGCUGUUUUGCUGCGAUAAGUGUAGAAAACAUAAAGCUUAUUUUCUUGAGGAUGCAAUUUGUUAAGGGCCUUUUGAAGGAAAAUCCGGAAAUGUUUGAAGAUAACGUGGUGGGUUGCAUUGUUAGAAUUCUUUCUAACUCGAAGAAACGCUCAUAUCAGCUUCACCAAGUUAUAGGUGUAAGCCAAUCUUCAGGAGAACCAAACCUUCGGCUCUCGAAUGUGGAAGCAGAAGUUCCAAUCUCUGAGCUAUCAGAUAGAUACAUCACAGAGGAGGAGUUUGAAUCCAAAGCCCAAUCUCUGCACAGAUUUCUUACUAAGAAUUGGAUUGAUAGAGAAUUGGUGUCAUUGAAACAACGCAUUGAUCUUGCAAACGAAAAGGGACGGAGAGCAGAAUAUCCUUUAUAUAUGCGGCGACUUUUGACGAGCGCUGAGCAAGAAAAAUUGUUAUCCCAGAAGCCAAUUGUGGCAGUUGCAGAGCCAGAGACUGAAGAAGAUGAAGAAGAAGACGAAGAAGGAGUCGAAUCUCAGAAGCCAGUUGAAGCUGAGCUUGAAGAAACACCCUCGGGCAUUUCAGCUGAGCACAAAGAAAAGCCCCCUGGCUGUUCAGAUAAAACAGAAGGAGGAGAAGAAGAAAAAGAACAAAAACCCGUCAAUCAGGAGCCAAUUGUGGCCGGUGAUGAGGCUGAUCAUGUAGAAGCCCCCGAGGGCACUUCUGAGGAAGAAAAUUUGUUGAUGAGCCAACCAAAUGCUGUAGCAGAAGAGCCAGAGCCUGAGCUAACAUUGAUGGAUACUUCUGUAACAGAAGAACAAGCAGAAGGGAGAUCUGAGGAGGAGAAUAAUGUGGCAAAUGCAGUAUCAGAAGAACCCGAACCUGAACCGCCAUUGAUGAGUGCUUCAACUCCACUGGAUGAUAUUCAGAGAGAAGCACAAGCCAGAGCUGACUACACAAGAAGAAUUCUUAGGGCAGCUUGUGAAUUGUCUGCUGCAGGCUUGACCUUCGACGAAGAGGACUAUGUCAGAUUCGGAGGCAGCAAUGCUUCUGCCAUGCACCCAAACCCCUCAAGACAAAACUACCUUCAAGAAUUCUCUGCAUUGAUGGUGAACAGUGUUCGGGCUCAAGCUCAGCAGCUUCAACAGCAAUGGGCUCAAGAACAGCAACAACAGCAGCAGCUUCAACAGCAACGGGCUCGAGAACAGCAACAGCAGCAGCAGCUUCAACAGCAACGGACUCAAGAACAGCAACAACAGCAACAGCAGCAGCAGCAAUGGGCUCAAGUACAGCAACAACAACAGCAGCUUCAACAGCAAUGGGCUCGAGAACAGCAACAACGGCAGCAGCUUCAGCAGCAAUGGGCUCGAGAACAGCAACAACGGCAGCAGCUUCAGCAGCAAUGGGCUCGAGAACAGCAACAGCAACAACGGCAGCAGCAGCAAUGGGCUCAAGAACAGCAGCAACAGCAGCAGCUUCAACAACAAUGGGUUCAAAAACAACAACAACAGCAGCUGCUUCAACAACAAUGGGUUCAAAAACAACAACAACAGCAACAGCAGCAGCAGCGGGGUCAAGCGCUGCAGCAGCUGCAGCAAUGGGUUGAAGCAUAUCAGCAGCAGCAAUCUCCCAUUGGAAGAGGAGGGGUUACUACUAUUCUGGGAAAUAAUAGAGCCAGUAGUUCUACAACUCAAAGGCUCCCAGGAACAGCUCCUGAGGAUCCCACAGUUGUUAUUUGGCUUGGAGCAGACCAUAGAGGCUACAUACAAAGUCCUGUCUCCUUAAAUCAUCUGCGGAUAGGGCUCCAGCAGGGCUAUUUGGGACCAGAUUUUCGGGUAUGGAAGACCGGCCAGGACCAAUCGCAGUCCGUUCUUCUCACUCAUUUGCUCAACCGCUAG